AUAAUUUUAAGCAAAUAGAAAAAUCACAAAAAGUGUACACAUUGUUGAAAAUGUGUAUAUAAACCAAUUAAUAUAUUAACAAAAUAAUAAUCUGUUGCAGACUGGUAACAAACCCUGGUUUGAAGACCAUACCUAGGGUAAACACUAUUUUUUUUAGGCAGCUAACUCAUUUUUUACGUUACUAUUUAUGUAUUAUAUUGGCAAAGAAAGACUUAUGCCCCUCCCUAUUUCUGUUUAGAAUAAGGCACAAAUUUUACCUAACUGUGAAUCUAGGUGUCUUCUUGUGGUAAUCAUUUUACAGUAUGUGUGUGUGUGUCAGAUCUGUUUUGUACACCUUAAACUUACACAGUGUUAUAUGUUAGUCUAGAACAAUAAAGCUGGGGGAAAAAGUAAGCUGCAAUCUAGGCUUUAUGUCAAGGUUUUGUGGUGUUUCCAGCAUCACCUGUGAUUCUAGAUUGUCCCAGAGAUUAUUAGCAUUUGGAUUGAAGGGAGUAGAAGGUGAUCUCUAAAUUAUAUUAAGGUUUUCUUCAAUGUAAAUACAAUGAAAGAUAAAAUAUCUUUGGACUCAGUAUGAAGUCUUUUUACAACAGUUCUUUUGUUUAUAUGAUUUUAAGCAAGUACUGUCUGUGGACAUAGAUUUAAAUUCUAACCUUUUCAUAUUCUUUGUAUUACCCAGUUAAAUGACUUUAAAAUUAGAUUUUUGGAAAGUUAUCUUUGCACAAAUUUGUAUAAGUUAUGUGUGUGUUAGUGAAAGAAAUAUAUACCAUCUUUGCCUGUUUUUCUUUAGGGUAAUUCCUCUCCUGCAAUUACUUUUGGAUGGAAGUAUGCACUUUUCCCAAUAGAAGAUGAUAAUCUCGGAGAAUGACCAUGGAGAAGGGGAUGAGUUCUGGAGAAGGGCUGCCUUCCAGAUCAUCUCAGGUUUCGGCUGUUAAAAUAACAGUCAAAGAGUUGGAAACAAAGCAGUCCCAUAAGGAGAAGCGAGGGGGCUUUGUGUUGGUACAUGCAGGUGCAGGCUAUCAUUCUGAAUCCAAAGCCAAGGAAUAUAAACAUGUAUGCAAACGAGCUUGUCAGAAGGCAAUUGAAAAGCUACAGGCUGGUGCUCUUGCGACAGAUGCAGUGACUGCAGCUCUAGUGGAACUUGAGGAUUCUCCUUUUACAAAUGCAGGAAUGGGAUCUAAUCUUAAUCUCUUGGGUGAAAUUGAGUGUGAUGCCAGCAUAAUGGAUGGAAAAUCCUUAAAUUUUGGAGCUGUUGGAGCACUGAGUGGAAUCAAGAAUCCAGUCUCAGUUGCAAACAGACUCUUGUGUGAAGGGCAGAAGGGCAAGCUCUCUGCUGGCCGAAUUCCUCCCUGCUUUUUAGUUGGAGAAGGAGCCUACAGAUGGGCAGUAGAUCAUGGAAUACCGUCUUGCCCUCCUAACAUCAUGACCACAAGAUUCAGUUUAGCUGCAUUUAAAAGAAACAAGAGGAAACUAGAGCUGGCAGAAAGAGUGGAAACAGAUUUCAUUCAACUAAAGAAAAGAAGACAAUCAAGUGAAAAGGAGAAUGACGCAGGCACUUUGGACACAGUGGGCGCUGUAGUGGUGGACCACGAAGGCAACGUUGCUGCUGCUGUCUCCAGUGGAGGCUUGGCCUUGAAGCAUCCAGGGAGAGUUGGACAGGCUGCUCUUUAUGGAUGUGGAUGCUGGGCUGAAAAUACUGGAGCUCAUAAUCCCUACUCCACAGCUGUGAGUACCUCAGGAUGUGGGGAGCAUCUUGUACGUACCAUAUUGGCUAGAGAAUGUUCACAUGCUUUACAAGCUGAAGAUGCUCACCAGGCACUGUUGGAGACUAUGCAAAACAAGUUUAUCAGUUCACCUUUCCUGGCCAGUGAGGAUGGCGUGCUUGGAGGAGUGAUUGUUCUCCGAACUUGCAGAUGUUCUGCAGAGUCUGACUCCUCCCAAGAUAAGCAGACACUUCUAGUGGAAUUUCUGUGGAGCCACACGACAGAGAGCAUGUGUGUUGGAUAUAUGUCAGCCCAGGAUGGGAAAGCCAAGACUCACAUUUCAAGACUCCCUCCUGGUGCAGUGGCAGGACAGUCCGUGGCAAUCGAAGGUGGGGUUUGCCGCCUGGAGAGCCCAGUGAACUGACCCUUCAGGCUGAGCAUGAAGCGUCUGAGAGGCAUUUCAGAACCUGAGCUUUUCGGGGUUUUUAACUGAAGCUGGAUGUUUUAUCUUCACCGUUUUAUAAUUCCUAUUGCAGUCUCGUGCACCGCUUGCGACACUAGCGUGGCUGUAGUUAGUGCUCAGUGACAUGCAGGUCUUCGGCGGGUGAGCGGGACUGAAUGUGUGCAGUGUGUGUGUGUGUGUGUGUGUGUGUGUGUGUGUGCGUGCAGUGUGUGGGCUUGCUUCCCCCUUGAUGAAAUAGAAACUCCUUAUUGUGUAACCUAAGACCAGGAAUGAUUAAAUCAUCUUUACAGAAUGUGUGCUUUACUGUUUACAAGUAAAACCUAAAGAUGCAGGAAACAUUUUUGAUUUCAUAAAGAGGUACCAGCUGUCGUUGAUGUAUGUGUCUGAACUGAAGAGUCAAUCUACUUGUUUAAAUGAUUUGACAGUGGUAGUGCUCCAUUUAAUAACAGUAAUAAGUGAUAAAGUGUUUUUAUUUGUUAACCAGUUUAAGUGGAUCCUGUGGUAACUUAAACUGUUAUUCUCAUCCCUCAUAUGGGGCAUUUUUUCUUUAACAAAGAAUGGUUUCAGUGAAACAAUCUAGCAGAGAAUUAAGGUCAGAACCUUUUUAAAUAAUAGUCUUAUUGAUAAAGUUUGUACUUCUUUCCUCAAGCUUUUCUAAGCUUAAAUACUGCAUAUCUUCAAGCUAUAUGUACUAUAUUAUGAGAGAAUAUGUAAAGAGAACAUACAGUAAUGCACAGUCCUUAAUUUGUGUAUAAUGGAAUGUUAUUUACAAUGUAACACUGUAAAUAAGAAAUCAAAAUUUAUGGGAAAAUUCAAUAUUAUCUUUGUUUCUUGUUUAAAUAUAUUUUUAAGAAAAAGGCCCAAAAAUAAAAGAAGCAUAUUACUGGGUAUAGUGUGUGACUCCUCUUCUCAGAUUAAUAAAUUAUCUUUUGAACCCUA